UUAAGGCGAUGAUCCUAUUUUCGGUUUCGAUAAACUCAUCUUCGGACAUCAAGGACAUUUCUAAAAUGAUUUGUCAUUUGAAAUUUAUCUUUGCAUGGAUUUUAUUUCUACCUCAACUGACAGAUGGCGCAACUGUCACAUGGUAUGAACCAACUCCGGUACAGACAACAUCUAAUCCAGCUGAAGCGCUCAUCCCUGGCAAGUUAGCAGUCUAUGAAGGAUCUUCUGCCACGUUGAAUUGGAACUACAGUCUGUCGUCAACUUUACUCGUAGUUCAUUUACGAUUUAAGGGUGUUUUUAUAGUUACCGUUUUACCAACUGGACAAGCUGGUCCUGUUAAUGCUAGUUUUCGGCAACGGUUCAGCGUAAGCUCGACUCCGCAAAGCGUUUCUCUGUUGAUCUCUAAAGUGACUACUGUUGACGAUAAGUCAAAUGGGGAAUUUAGCUGUGAGUUGAAUGAUUUAUCUGGUGCUACAUGGAGACGUGCAAUUCAGGUGCAAGUCGUAGUUCCAACAUAUAUCACUGGAAUUAGUGGUGAACCAACUGUUCUUCAAGGUGAUAACUUACAGUUAACCUGCGAAGCUUCGGGUCGACCAGAACCAAACAUUACUUGGACCAAAGAGGAGCCUGGGAACCAAGGAAAUACUGUUGUGGUGCAAGAAGGAAAGUUGCUGACUAUAACAGACAUCAAAAGGACUGAUGCAGGAAAUUAUACCUGUACAGCAGACAAUGGCUUUGGUAAACUAGAGAGUCGAGCAGUUCAUGUGAUUGUUACUAAUCCAGCCAAGAUUGUUAAUUUUCAAACUGAGUAUUUUGUUGUUGUACAACAAAGUGUUACUCUUAACUGUGAAGCAGAUGGGAACCCUCCACCUACUUACACUUGGAUUCCAUGUGACCCAGAACAAGUUUGCAACAAGAAAACUCUUGAUAUUUCACAAGUGCUCAACGAUGCCAGCUAUACCUGCAGAGUGGCCAAUGUACAUGGACCUGAUACAAAAACUGCCAUUGUUUACAUUGCAGGAAAGGUGAUUAACAUAACCAUUGUCAUCACAAGUGAAAACUGCGUAGACGAAAAAUACAAUAAAUCCUCAUUACUGAGGAAAUUGGAAGAGGAGCUUAAAAGAGCAUUUGCUGGUAGACUUGAUUACGAAAGAGUGCAGUCAAUGAGUGUUAGGUGUGGAAGUAUAAUUGUUGACCUUGCACUGAAAUUCAACUCCACUACGAAGGAACAAGAUGUUAUCAUAACACUUAAUGACGCCUUAAAAGAUGGAAAGCUGGGAGAGUACAGUGUGGGUUCUAUAAAAGGGAAAAGACCUAAUAUGGAACCAACAGGUGAAGAUGCCACACCACCACCUAACGCGUCCUAUGGGGGUACUGUAUGUAUUACUGUUGGUGCAGUGUUUGGAUCAGUUGCUGCACUGGCUGUUGCUGGAAUAUUAGUUUGGUGGACUUGCAGGAAAAAGAGGCGCAACACGAAAGGCACUGAAGAGGUUGCGAUGGGCAGAAGAACAUUUGGAAAUUCAAGUAAUGAAAGAAGAGAAAGUACAAAUAUUGCAGAAGAAUUGCCUAAACCUUCUCAAAGCCAUUACAUGGCACUGGAUGACAGAGCUCGUUCACAAGUGAUAGCAGAUGCCAGUCCACUCAGCAGUGAACAAAUCAGCGAGUACGCUUCUCUUGAUCCAUACACACGCUCCUGUGAGAUUCCUAGAGAACAUGUGACGAUAAAGCAGAUCGUUGGAAAAGGUGCUUUUAGUCAGGUUGCCAAGGCAACAGCCGAUAACCUACAAGGAAGAACCAAGAAGACGCUCGUAGCUGUUAAAAUGUUAUCAGAAAACGCUUCUGAAUCAGAGAAAAAGAAUUUGCUAUCUGAACUUGAAUUGAUGAAACAACUUAAACCUCAUCCUUAUGUCAUAAAACUCCUGGGAUGCGUUACCAAAUCUGAGCCACUGUUGGUGUUGAUCGAAUAUGUUCCCUUUGGGGAUCUGCUGGGUUACCUGAGAAAGAGUCGUGGAUUAAAUGAUACUUACUACAAAGACCCGAAUAUCAAACCACAAACAAAUCUUACUUCUCAGCAGCUGAUGAAGUUUGCAUGGCAAAUCGCCGAUGGAAUGUCCUAUUUGUCAUCGAUACCAGUUAUCCACCGAGAUCUUUCAGCUCGUAAUGUGCUGGUUGGAGAAGGGAAAACUUGCAAAGUGACGGACUUUGGAAUGGCUAGAGAUGUGCAAGAGGACAACAUUUACGAAAGAAAAACCAGGGGGCGUCUUCCUGUAAAAUGGACUGCCAUUGAGGCGUUGCUUUACGGAAAGUACUCUACCAAGAGUGAUGUGUGGAGCUACGGAAUUCUUCUCUAUGAGAUUUUCACAAUUGGUGGUUCACCGUAUCCACGAAUGGAUGGAAGAAAAAUUGCAAACUUACUUCAAGAGGGAUACAGAAUGCCUAAACCACAACAUUUGGAUGAUAAGUUGUACGAAAUAAUGAAAAAAUGUUGGAGAGACGAACCUAACUUAAGACCAUCUUUUGAGGAGUUGAGAAACAAACUCAGCGAGAUGGAAAACCAGCACAAGGGGUUGAUAAACUUAAAAAAUUA